CUGUAUAUUUAAUGGAAAGUUGCGACUGAUAUAUUUUAAUGUUAAAGGGCGUCAAGAUGAAGCGAAUGUUUAUGUGCGUUGUGCUGUUAGCCGGAUACUGCUUAGCCGUUCCGCAACCAGAUUGCCUUGCGCCCUCUGUGGAAUCAGACGGAUCUACUCCUGCAACAUGCGGAGGUUUUAUUGGCCAACAGUGCCCGUCGCCGACGGACUCCUGCCCGUUGCUUCCGUCGUCGGACUUCGGUUACUGCUGUGUAGGGUGUGGUCGUAACGCACCAUCUCCCACGGUCGCCUGCUACAGUCACCGGGACUGCCGCCGAGGUGAACGCUGCGUGAAACCCGUCAAUAACGGGCUUGCGAGAGGGGUGUGCUGUCGUAAUGACGGAGGUUACUAACACAACGUCUUUGACAUCCGUGUUGUUGUCGAUGGCAAGCCUCGUCGGAGAACCAACGACUUUAUUAACUGAGAUGAAAAAGCAUGAAUUAAAGUUUAUAUUUA